ACUCCUCCUCUGUGGACCAGUUCACACACUCAGGACUGAUCAUAGUCAUCUCUCUCUCUUUUUUUCCCCUUUCUUUCUGCGUGCGAUGAAAUUUUUGCUUUAAACAGAAAGGAGGAUCAAAUUCGUCCUGCAAAAUGACUGUGGAUUUUGAAGACUGCCUGAAAGAUUCACCCCGCUUUAGGGCGAACAUCGAUGAGGUGGAGACUGAAGUGGUGGAGAUUGAGGCGAAGCUGGACAAGUUGGUGAAGUUAUGCAGUGGGAUGAUCGAAGCCGGGAAGGCGUACAUCAGCGCCAACAAGUUUUUCGUCAAUGGCAUCCGAGACCUGUCUCAACAGUGCAAGAAGGAUGAAAUGAUAUCAGAAUGUCUGGAGAAGUGUGGUGAGAGUCUGCAGGAGAUCGUGAACUACCACAUGAUCCUGUUCGACCAGGCGCAGAGAUCUGUGAAGCAGCAGUUGCACAAUUUUGUCAAAGAGGACGUGCGGAAGUUUAAGGAAACGAAAAAGCACUUCGAUAAGGUGCGCGAGGACCUGGAGAUCGCUCAGGUGAAGAACGCUCAGGCACCGAGGAACAAGCCGCACGAGGUGGAAGAGGCCACCAGCACCCUCAACGUCACUCGCAAGUGCUACCGCCAUCUAGCACUGGAUUAUGUUCUGCAGAUCAAUGUCCUUCAGGCCAAGAAGAAAUUUGAGAUCCUAGACGCAAUGCUGUCGUUCAUGCACGCCCAGUAUUCGCUCUUUCAGCAGGGUUUUAAUCUGCUCGAUGAGAUCGACCCUUACAUGAAGAAGCUGGCAGCAGAGCUUGACCAGCUGGUGAUUGAUUCAGCGAUGGAGAAAAGAGACAUGGAGCACAAACACGCGACGAUACAACAGCGGACUCUUCUGCAGGACUUUGCCUACGAUGACCCGAAGGUUGAGUUCAACGUCGACGCCCCCAACGGAGUGGUGAUGGAGGGCUACUUGUUCAAACGAGCCAGCAACGCCUUCAAAACGUGGAACAGGCGGUGGUUCUCCAUCCAGAACAGUCAGCUGGUGUAUCAGAAGAAGCUGAAGGACUCACUGACUGUAGUAGUAGAGGACCUGAGACUGUGUUCAGUCAAACCCUGCGAGGACAUCGAGAGGAGGUUCUGCUUUGAAGUGGUGUCUCCUUCCAAGAGCUGUAUGCUGCAGGCUGAAUCAGAGAAACUCCGACAGUCAUGGAUCCAGGCAGUGCAGGCCAGCAUCGCUUCAGCCUACAGAGAGAGUCCAGACAGCUACUACACGGAGCGUCUGGACCGGACGGCGUCUCCCUCCACCAGCAGCAUCGACUCGGCCAGUGAGCCGCGCGAGCGCAGCGUAAGGGUCGAGAGCGUGUUGCAGAGGGUGCAGUGUGUGCCAGGUAACGAUGUGUGCUGCGACUGUGGCCAAGCCGAUCCACGCUGGGCCAGCAUCAACCUGGGCAUCCUGCUCUGCAUCGAGUGCUCCGGUAUACACAGGAGUUUGGGGGUGCACUGCUCCAAAGUCCGCUCUCUCACCCUGGACUCCUGGGAACCUGAGCUACUCAAGUUGAUGUGUGAGCUGGGUAACAGUGUUAUAAACCACAUCUACGAGGGAACAUGUGAGGAGCAGGGCAUGAAGAAGCCCGGAGCCAACAGCCCCAGGCAAGAGAAAGAGGCGUGGAUUCGAGCCAAAUAUGUUGAAAAGAAGUUUCUGAAGAAGAUGGCGACAGCGGAAGCCCUAGUGAACAGCGAGAGAAAAUCAGAGAGGCGGUGGGCUGCGAAAAAGUGUCGACGACACAACAGCGCCACCACCGUGUCCAAACACCGGCGGAAAUACAGACAGGAUCCCAGCUCAGCCACCGCAGCUUUGGAGAGAAAGUUCCGGCGAGAUUCGCUCUUCUGUCCUGAUGAACUGGACUCACUGUUCUCCUACUUUGACACCAGCUCAGGGCCUCGCAGUCCUGCAGGUCUGAGCAGCGACAGCGGUCUGGGGGGUAGCAGUGACGGCAGCACUGACGUCCUUCUGUUCGGCUCAGUGGUGGACAGCGUCACUGAGGAAGAGUGUGAAGUGUCAGAGGACUCGAGUGGUGAGGUGGAGCUGGAGCCGGAGGCAUCAGACCCAGAGGAUGUGCGUGAGCUGCAUCCCGGAGCACUGCUCUAUAAAGCCUGCCAGACUCGUAACCUACCUGUCAUGGCUGAAGCGCUGGCACACGGCGCUGACGUCAACUCCGUCAACGAGGAGGACGAGGGAAAGAGCCCGCUCAUACAGGCUGUGAUCGGAGGCUCUUUAAUAGCAUGUGAGUUCCUGCUACAAAACGGCGCAGACGUCAACCAAAGAGACCUAAAAGGAAGGGGGCCGUUACACCAUGCUACGUAUUUAGGGCAUACAGGGCAGGUGUGUUUGUUCCUGAAACGAGGAGCCACACAGAACGACGGCGAUGAUGAUGGUCAGGAUCCUCUCAGCAUAGCGGUGCAGGCCGCCAACGCCGACAUCGUCACUCUGUUGCGUCUGGCUCGGAUGAACGAGGAGAUGAGGGAGUCGGAGGGGCCGCUGGGACAGCCAGGUCAAUACCCAAGCAGCAGUCCUACAGAGCAGCAGUACAGGAAAUGCAUCCAGGAGUUUAUUUGCCUCAACAUAGCUGAGUUGACACAGCGAUUGGCCGUCAUUUUGCGGAGUCGCUGGAGGCGACACCACAUAUUUGGACAUCUUCCGCGAAUUUUCCCACAUGGCAUCUCACAACCCUGAGAAGCUGAAGCGCAGGAGCAUUCACUUUCGCCACUCCUUCAGAGUUUGAUGGACGUUUUCCCGUGGACCUGAAAAGAGACUGAACUUCAUCGUUCACAUGCAGGCUCGAGUUAUAAAGCCGGAUUAUUGACACAGAGUUAGCAAAUAAAAAAAGUUUCUGGAAGCGGUAAAGAUGCCGCCGCUGGAAUAGAAUCAGUUACAAACGCGCUCAUUUGAAUGUUUGAAAUGUACAAAAGUUCCUUUAUAGCAAUAUUGUUUUGUAAGCUUUAAUGAUUUUAUGGGGAUCAGCUGGACUUAUCCUUCAUUUUCUUUUGCAUUUUACCUGCAGAAUUUUUUUUUUCUUUCUGGAGUAUUUUGUAUUUUAUUACAGUUUAAACUUUUGGAGAAUAGUGAAUAUUAAAGCUCACAUCGCUACAGUUAUUAUACAGGAUAGGAUUUCUUCUUUAGUUCAUGGCUGCAUGUAUGUACGAAGAAGAAGAAGAAGAAUUGCACUUUUUGCUCUUGUCUCAAUGCAUUUAUUCCCUUUGCUUAUUUUUCUUUUCUUUUUUUUUAAAUUCAAACAAACUUGCUAAUGAAUCGCAGUUGGCAGUAUCGUGUACCAUCGUGGCCAAAAGUUUUGAGACUGACACAAAUUUUGGUUUUCACAAAGUUUGCUGCUUCAGUUUUUAUGGUGGCAAUUUGCAUAGACUCUAGAUUGUUAUGAAAAGCCAUCGGAUGAAUUGCAAUUAAUUGCACAGUCCUUCCUUGCCAUGAAAAUGAACUUAAUCAGAAAAACCCCAUUUCCACUGCAUUUUAGCCCUGCCACAAAAUGACCUGCUAACAUCAUUUCAGUGAUCUUCUCGUUAGCUCAGGAGAAAGUGUUAAGGAGGGCACGGCGGUUGAUAUCACUCUGUCAUGCUGAUAGAGCAGAGUGGUUGCUUUAAAAUGGGGGUGGUGCUUGAAAUCAUUGUCUUGUUCGGUUAACCAUGGUUACCUCCAAGUCAGUCAUCAUUGCUUUGCAUCAAAAGAGCUCCAUAGGCAAGGAUGUUGCACCUAAAUCAACCGUUUAUCGGAUCAUCAAGAACAAGGACAGAGGUUCAAUUGCUGUGAAGAAGGCUUCAGGGCGCCCAAGAAAGUCCAACAAAUGUCAGGACCGUCUCCUAAAGAGGAUUCGGCUACGGGAUCGGGUCACCACCAGUGCAGCGCUUGCUCAGGAAUGGCAGCAGGCAGGUGUGAGUGCGUCUGCACGCACAGUGAGGCGAAGACUUUUGAAGGAUGGCCUGGUGUCAAGAAGGGACUUCUGCAGAAAGUACAGGGAUUGGACUGCAGAGGACUGGGGUAAAGUUAUUUUCUCUGAUGAAGCCCCCUUCAGACUGUUUGGGACGUCUGGAAAAAUGAUUGUCCAGAGAAGCAAAGUUGAGCGCUGCCAUGAGUCCUGUCUCAUGCCAACAGUAAAACAUCCUGAGACUAUUCAUGUGUGGGGUCGUGUCUCAUCCAAGGGACUGGGCUCACUCACAAUUUUGCCUAAGAACAGUGCCAUGAAUAAAGAAUGGUAUCAAAACAUCCUUCAAGAGCAACUUCUCCCAACGAUCCAGGAGCAAUUUGGUGAUGAACAAUGCCUUUUCCAGCAUGAUGGAGCACCAUGUCAAGGCAAAAGUGAUAACUAAGUGGCUUCGGGAACAAAACAUUGAAAUUUUGGGUCCAUGGCCAUGCAGAUUUUAAGCCCAUUGAGAGCCUGUAGUCAAUCCUCAAAAAGCAAGUGGACAAACAAAAACCCAAAAAUUGUGAUAAACUCCAAGCGCUGACUAUGCAAGAAUGGGUUGCCAUCAGUCAGGAUUUGGCCCAGAAGCUGAUAUCCAGCGUGCCAGGGUGAAUUGCAGGAGUCUUGAAAAAGAAGGGUCAACACUGUAAAUACUGACUCUUUGCAUAAACUUGAUGCAUUUGUCAAUAAAAGCCUUUGAAACUUAUGAAACGCUUAUAAUUGUACUUCAGUAUACCAUAGAAACAUCCGACAAAAAGAUCUAAAAAACACCGAAGCAGCAAUCUUUGUGAAAACCAAAAUUUGUGUCAGUCUCAAAACUUUUGGCCACGACUGUAGAUCUAGUUUGUCUUAAGCUCCUUUCCGGUUGCGUUGGGUGCGAAGUGUGAUGUUCAGUGAUGACUAUGCUGGUGUAGUCCGACAUUGGUCCUGCUCUUUAUUCUGUACAGUUACCAUAAAGGAACUCGAUGGGAACUCAGUAGCAGAUGUUGUACAUUUUUAGAUGCAAAAUGCUAAUAUAUCAUGAAACUUGUGGUAUUUUGUAACAAAAAUAAAUAAAACUAAAAUAAA